AUGCCAACAUCAUCUCUAUCUUCCACAACAUCUAAUGAUCAAUGUGAACACUGUCACAGUACAUAUAGCUUAAUUAGAAAAAAGAAACGUUGUGCAGUUUGUCGUCAAAAUUACUGUGGAAAUUGUGCACCACGUAAUCGUUCUGAUAGUCAAUCCUAUCGGAUUUGUGUUACUUGUCAAUUGAUAUCGAAUAAUGUUACAACAAGCGAACAAUUACUUGAAUUAAAAGUGAAAUAUUUGAGAAGUUAUUUAGACGCCAAAGAUAUUUCUCAUAAUACAUGUACAGAAAAACAAGACCUUGUAGAUUUAAUAAUCAAUAAUAGACAUCAACAAUUUUCACGUUCAUUUAUUCAACAAUCAGAAGCUUCGCCACAAACAACCAGCAGAAAUCACGAGCAAUCAUCAAAAUCAGGACCAUUUUCAAAUAUUCAACAAACAGUCUCUUCACUUGCCAAUCAAGUAAAUAACUUUGCAUCAAAUUUACAAGAUUAUGUGUCUACGACAGUAUCGGAUGUUGUAAAUCAGACACUUAGCGAUGACCUACCGCCGCCAAGAACAAAUUCAAAUCAAAGAACUUCAUCGAGUGCUUCGUCAUCGCCCAGAAAUGCGUCUCAAACUACAACAAAUAUACCACCAUCAACCCAUACACAACAAACAAGACCACAACCAUCGGCAUCAGCAGCAUGUGCAUCGUCAACUUCACCAACAAAUCAACGUGCACGCCGAAAAUCUCUUAGUGAAAUAAAUCAUGAAGAUAAUAUUGAAGAUCUAAAUAUUCGUCAAUUAAAAGAACUUUUAGCAGCAAAUUUUGUUGAUUAUAAAGGAUGUCUUGAACGAAGUGAAUUAAUUGAUAAAGUUCGAAGACUUUAUCGUGAUCGACAAAACGAAAAAUUGAAAGCUGAACAGCUUGAUGAUACAACUGCAUGUGAUAGUGAACUAUGUAAAAUAUGUAUGGAUGCAAUUGUUGAUUGUGUCUUCUUAGAUUGCGGUCAUAUGGUAACAUGCGUCAAAUGUGGUAAAUUGCUUGCCGAAUGUCCUAUUUGUCGUUCGAAUAUUGUACGUGUAGUACGCGUAUUUAAAUCUUAG